CUGCACUCCACCUCCUCACCACAACACCUUCGUUUCUUCUGCACGAUAGAGUUUAUACCCGCUCCACCUUUGUGAGCUUGCGUUUUUGCUUUCUUUUCCCUCACCUUCUUGUCCUGCGGGACCUGGCAAUCAGCCUUUGUUUGCCAUGAGCGACUCGCUUCUCGAAGACUCUGUCUUCGACGAGGGCGCGAGCUCAGAUUUCGCGCCGCCCGCCAAACCCGCAAAAGCAGUCAAGGCUGUAAAGGCAAAAGCAGCGCCAAAGAAGGCAGCGGGGCCACCGAAACCGCGAGGACGACCCGCAAAAGAUGCUUCCGCAGCUGCCAAACCAAAAGCAAAGGCCGCGCCCAAGAAAAAGCCCAAGGACGACUCAGACGGCGAGAAUUCAGACAUAGAUAUGCACGAUGACCCCUUAGACAACGAAGAGUCGCUGCUUGUGGAUACUCCUCCUAAACAGAAGAAGGCGACUGCGCCGAAGAAGAGCAGCGGCCAGCCGCUUGCUGAUAUUGCAAACGAGAGCUUUGGCAUGGACGGCUCGGACGAUGGACUAGCUGCAAAGCCCAAAAAAGGCCCAGCAGCCGCCAGUAGCAAGUAUCAGAUGCUUACGCAUUUGGAACAUAUUAUGAAGCGACCAGACACAUACAUCGGCUCCGUAGAGCGGCAAACCGACAAGAUGUGGGUAUACAACACAACCACCGAGUCUAUGGAAUUCCGCGACGUGUCCUACGUUCCUGGUCUCUACAAGAUCUUCGACGAGAUCCUAGUGAACGCGGCGGACAACAAGCAGAACGAUAAGAACAUGAGCGAGAUUCGAGUGACGGUAGAUCGAGAGACUGGUGAGGUCUCCAUCAAGAACGACGGCAAGGGUAUUCCCAUUGAGAUACACAAAGAACACGGCAUAUACGUCCCAGAGAUGAUCUUUGGCCACCUCCUCACCUCCUCGAACUACGACGACAAUCAGCAGAAGGUCACUGGUGGUCGAAACGGUUACGGUGCAAAGCUCUGCAAUGUCUUCAGUACCGAGUUCACGGUCGAGACAGUCGACGCGAAGCAGAAGAAGAAGUACAAGCAGACCUGGACAGAGAACAUGAGCAAGAUGGGCAAGGCCAAGAUCACCGACAUCAAGGCCGAUGACUAUACAAAGGUUUCCUGGAAAGCGGACUACAAGCGAUUCGGUAUGGAUGGUAUCGAUGACGAUUUCGAAGCGAUGGUCAAGCGCAGAACCUACGAUAUCGCUGGUACACUUCGAGGCAUCAAAGUCUAUCUAAACGGCGAUCGCGUCAAAGUCACUAGCUUCGCAAAAUAUAUGGAAAUGUACACCAAGGCCAUCUCGCGCGAGCAAGGCAAGAGCGAGGAGGAUACGCAAAAGGACGUUAUCAUCACCGACAAGCUCGACCGCUGGGAUAUUGGUUUUGCUGUUUCUGAUGGAUCUUUCAACCAAGUCUCUUUCGUCAACUCCAUCGCCACGACUUCCGGCGGCACGCACGUCAACUACAUCGCGGACCAGAUUAUUGACAAGCUUAUGGCGAUCGUCAACAAGAAGAACAAGGCUGCCGUAAAGCUCAAGCCCGCCCAGAUCAAGAACCACAUUUUCUUGUUCGUCAACUGCUCCAUCGUCAACCCUGCGUUCACCUCCCAGACCAAGGAACAGCUAACGACGAAGUGGAGCCAGUUCGGCAGCAAACCUGUCCUAAGCGAGAAGUUCUUAAAGGCAAUCGAGAAAACCGAGGUCAUUCAGAACAUCAUGCACUUCGCUCAGCAAAAGGCCGACCAGAUGAUGAAGAAGACAGACGGCAACAAGCGUAACCGCAUCAACAACGCCAAGCUCACCGAUGCCAAUAAGGCCGGAACCAAGGAUGGUCAUUUAUGCACUCUUAUUCUCACCGAGGGAGAGUCAGCCAGUGUGCUUGCCUUGGCUGGACGUGCUGUUGUGAAUCAAGAUCUUUUCGGAGUAUUUCCCCUGCGUGGUAAGCUCCUCAAUGUACGAGAUGCCACCGUCGACCAGAUCAUGAAGAACGUCGAGAUCCAAAACAUCAAAAAGUUCAUGGGUCUGCAACACAAGAAGGAAUAUACUGUGGCAGACAUGAAGAGUCUCCGCUAUGGCCAUCUGAUGAUCAUGACCGAUCAGGAUCACGACGGUAGCCAUAUCAAGGGUCUACUCAUCAACUUCCUUCAGUGCCAGUUUCCAAGUUUGCUCAAGGUACCCGGCUUUCUCCUAGAGUUCAUCACUCCCAUCGUCAAGGUCUGGAAGGGCGAGACGAAGAACCCGCGAAGCCUACGAAGCUUCUUCUCCAUGCCUGAGUAUGAGGAAUGGAAAUUGCAGCACAAAAACGAGAAGGGCUGGGACCACAAGUAUUUCAAGGGAUUGGGUACUAGCGACAUAUCCGAUGCCCAGUUAUACUUCAAAGAUUUGGAUACACACAUGAAGCGUUUCCAGGUCAUGCGAAAUGAAGAAGAGCAGCUUAUCGAACUCGCUUUCUCGAAAAAGAAGGCCGACGCGCGUAAAGAGUGGUUGCGCGAGUUCGUCCCUGGCGACCAUCUCGAUCUUACUACGCCUGAGAUCUCCUACGAUGACUUUGUCAACAAGGAGCUCAUUCUCUUCUCUAUGGCCGACAAUUUGCGAUCUAUUCCAUCUGUCAUCGACGGUCUGAAGCCUGGUCAGCGCAAGGUCCUCUAUACCUGCUUCAGGCGAAACAUCAAGAAAGAUGUCAAAGUCGUGGAGCUCGCCGGUUCAGUUUCUGGCUCUACGGAUUAUGCUCACGGUGAAGCGUCAAUGCAAGGCACAAUUGUCGGAUUGGCACAGGACUUUGUCGGCUCCAAUAACAUUAACUACCUUGAACCUAGUGGUAACUUUGGUUCGCGUCUCAAGGGUGGCGCCGAUGCUGCCAGCGCCAGGUAUAUCUAUACCCGCCUGUCACCAUUCGCACGACGCAUCUUUCACCCUCAUGACGAUGCUCUCCUGAAAUACGGCGAGUCGGAUGGUCAUAAGAUCGAACCUGAAAUGUAUGUUCCAGUCCUUCCAACAAUUCUCAUCAACGGCUCCAGCGGUAUUGGCACUGGUUGGAGCUCUGAAAUACCCAACUUCAAUCCAAUGGAGAUCAUCGAGAAUAUCAGGCUUCGUAUGCAGGAGGGAGCUACGAAGGAAGACAUGAAGCCUAUGAUUCCCUGGUACAAGGGCUUCACCGGUACGACUACAGAGCUCGGCAACGACCGCUAUCAGUUUGCAGGUACCAUCCGACAGACUGGUGAGAACGAGAUCGAAGUCACUGAACUGCCUGUUCGAUACUGGACUCAGGACUUCAAAGAGAAGCUCGAAGAGAUAAUCAAGGCCGAGAAGACCCCAUCCUUUAUCAAGGAUUACAUCGACUACAACACCCCAGAUCGGGUCCACUUCAUCAUCAAGAUGGAGGACAAGCAUAUGGUGGCUGCUCUAGCAAAGGGUCUCGAGGAGAUGUUCAAGCUUUUCAAGCCGCAAUCGACCACAAAUCUUGUUGCUUUUGACGCCCAUGGUCGUAUUCACAAGUAUGCCACUGCUCUUGAUAUUGUCGAAGAGUUCUAUCACGUCCGCCUACGAUACUACGAGAAACGAAAGCAGCACCAGCUGGCGUUUAUGCACAAGGAGCUGUCGAGGAUGUCCAAUCAGGCUAAAUUCAUCCAAAUGAUCAUUGAUGGCAAGCUCAUCGUGUCAAAGAAGAAGAAGGCAGUCCUUGUUCAAGAGCUCAAGAAGCUUGGCUUCACGCCUUUCCCCAAGAAUGACGAGGCUAAAAAGGCGGGCGAGGUCGAAGACUUCCAGGAAGAUGACGACGAGUCCGAAGAGACGGAGGCCGAAGUGCAAGCAAACGACUACGACUACCUCUUAGGCAUGGCCAUCUGGUCCCUGACCCAAGAGCGAGUUGAGAAGCUACUCAAGCAGAUCGGCGAGAAGGAGGAAGAGAUCGAUACGCUCAUCAAGCUUUUACCAAAAGAUAUCUGGACCGUCGAUCUCGAUGCUUUCGUUGCUGAAUGGAAUCUUCAGCUCGAAGAAGAUUCGAAACGUAAGAAGAAGAUUGCUGCCGUGACCCGCCGCCCCUCUCAAAAGCUCGGCAUUGGCGCAGCCAAGGGUGGCAAGGGCAAAAAAAAGAGAAAGAUGGACGACGGUGAUUCGGAUGACUCCGUUUCGGACUUUGGUCCCGUUAAGAAGAAGACCAAGCCGAAGAAGGAGGGUUUGCUUGGCUAUCUCCAACAGGAUCUUCAGCCUAAGAAAAAGCCAAGUGCGGCGGAGGCUUUGAAAGGCAGUACUGCGUUCGGAUCCACAGCUCCUUCGAAGCAAGGUACAUUGUUAUCACAUCUUGUCAAGAAGGAGGAUACGCCACAGACCGAUGGCGCGUCAGACAGCAGACCUGCCACCGCAGAUUCUACUUCGGUAGCACCGAAGAGAGCUCGGCCUGGCGCCACGAAGAACGUCAAGAAGCCCGCUCCAGUCAUUGACUCAGAUGACGACGACUCGGAUGUCUUUGCUGCAGUCGCCAAAGAAGUCGAGAAGAAGCCUGCCGAGACUAUCACGACCUCCCGUGCCGCUCGCGCCAAGGCAGCGCCGAAGUACAACCUCGGUGAUAGCGAUAGCGAUGAUUUAGAUGGCGACGAUCUCCUGGGCGAUGUAAGCAGCAUGGUGAAGACUAUUGGUGCUGGCAACAACGGUGCGCCCAUGUUCAAGAAGACGGUCUCUGCCCGCCCUGCUAGUAACGGAAGCGCUGCUGGAGGUCCCAGGCCUGCGAAGAAGGGCAGUCUCAUCGAGCUCGACCCCGACGAGACGAAUUACGAGGGUCUCAUGCCUCAAUCUUCACCUCAACGCCCCGCUCCUCGUACUGUCAAUGACACUAUUAUGAGCUCCGAUGAUGACGACUUUGGUCUUGUUAAGAAACCUAUCGUGAGCAAGUUGCCUGCUAAGGCUGCGCCUAAGCCCAAGGUUGCUGCUGCGAAGCCCGCGCCAAAGCCCAAAGCAACGUCGACCAUGCCAACGGUAAAGAAGACCAACCCUCUCAGCCCCGCAGCGAAAGCCUACGCCGCUAAACUGGCGAAGACUAAAGAUGCGCUUGCCAAACCUGCCCUGAAGGCCAAGAAACCAAUCACCAUCGACUCGGACGAUGACGAGACCAUGGAGGAUGCCGAUGCGCUCGCUGACGAGAUCUUGUCUGAUGAGGACGAUGAGCCUACGCCGAAGGCGGCACGCGCCCCAGCUGCUCGACCCGGUCGAAGGGCUGCUGCGGCAAAGCCAGCGAAGUAUGUCGUCAGUGAUGAUGAGGCAGAUUCAGAUGAGGCGUCUGAGGCCAGCUUCGGUGACGACAGCGAGUAGACGACUUGCCUCAAAUCGUGCAGGGGCAGAUUAUGAGCUCAGAGGGUGUUUGAUACCCGGACGGACUGGCGCUGACGGCGUUUUCGUGUGUGGAUGAUAUUUCUUUACGACUCUCUUCAAAGGAUCACUGUAGGCGUUUGGCUUCGCCUUUUCAUGUCUCUUCUCGGAUAUGUAUAACAUAGGAAUUCGAUGAAUUACCAUAAUAAUCAGCGUUACUACACUUCUUUUGCGCUCUUCCCAGAAGCUUGUGCAUUCGCUUGAUUUGAUCGUCGAGGCUUCUAAGUCUAAACAGGGAAAGGUUCACGCAAAGACUUCCAUCUGCAAAUAUCUGCAGAGGUAGAUACUCCUUACCGUUCGUUGUGAACAAUAUACAAGCAUUGAUUCACUGCAGCAAGUACGAAGCGCAAAAAGGAGGUUAAAUGGCACAUGUAUCAUCCUUCAAGGUAAAUUCCCC